ACAAGUCUUUCUUCAUUCUUUCUUACUUCUUCUGUAAGUUGAGUUGUCGCUCUUCUGUAUUUAUAGGCACCAAUAUUUCUUGCAUCCUUGCAAUUCUUCUCAGUGAUCACGUACCACAUACAGCACGAUUUUGUACGGGGAGAGAGAGAGAGAGAGAGAGAGAGAGAGAUGUUGAUCGUUUUUGGCUUAGUUGUAUCAAUGUUCUUGCAAAGUGUGGCAGCACAGAAAGUUCACGAGGUGGGAGAUAGCAUAGGUUGGGCCAUUCCACCAUCUGGCGGCGCCCAAGCGUACGUCAAUUGGGCUGAUAACAAUAAGUUCGUGGUUGGCGAUAUUCUGUUUUUCAACUUCACCACCAACGCACACGAUGUACUACAAGUACCCAAAGCAUCAUUCGACUCAUGCAGAUCGGACAACGCAAUCGGCUCUACCAUCACAACUGGCCCGGCAAACGUCACGCUCACCUCAGCCGGCGAGCACUACUUCAUCUGCACUUUGGGCUCCCAUUGCCAGUCAGGGCAGAAGCUGGCAAUCACCGUCUCAGGCUCAGCUACCGCCCCAGGAGCCUCACCACCUUCUGUGCCUCCUCCACCUCCUGCUGCUCACUCUCCUCCUACUACACCUUCUCCGACGUCAAACCACCCUGCUGCUUGUCCUCCUCCAGUGGCAGCACCAUCACCUUCCUCCACUGACCCCACUGUGAACACCCCUCCACCGCCCCCACCGGCUUCUUCAUCCGGGGCUGUUUUCGCUAGUUUCUUUUUGUCGUCCUUGGCUCUUGUCAUGGGUUUGUUCUUUUGAAGACCUCAAGAGAUGGACCAAUUUUUAUUAUUAUCUUGGGGAUCCAUUAAUUUUGAUGUUUAGUAUAAUUUUUGGUAUGAGAUAUAAGGGAAGUUAUUAUCCCUGAUUUUUUCAUAUAAUCAAAUCGUGAUGUUUGUUUGACUGCAUU